AUGGCAGCGGCUGGGGAGGAGCACGAUGCCUCCCAGCCGCGGUUGGGCAAUGUCAACAUUCCCAAGACCCGAAACACCUACUGCAAGGGCAAGGAGUGCCGCAAGCACACCCAGCACAAGGUCACCCAGUACAAGGCUGGCAAGGCCUCGCUGUUCGCCCAGGGUAAGCGCCGUUACGACCGAAAGCAGAGCGGUUAUGGUGGUCAGACCAAGCCCGUUUUCCACAAGAAGGCCAAGACCACCAAGAAGGUCGUCCUGAGAUUGGAGUGCGUCAAGUGCAAGACCAAGUGCCAGCUGGCCCUGAAGCGAUGCAAGCACUUUGAGUUGGGUGGUGACAAGAAGACGAAGGGUGCGGCUCUGGUGUUCUAA